AUGGACGGUGGCGCCGCCGUGAAGAAUCUCCUGACCUUCGAUGAGGCGUGGCCAAUUUUGCAGAGGGAAGGAAUUGACAAGAUCAUUCACAGCAUCGAAACCGAGGGACAGCCCAUACGUCAGUGCUUCACUUCUGAAGAGUAUAUGCGUUUGUAUACAACUGUAUAUAAUGUGUGUUCCCCGAAUAAGUUAAGUCCCGAGGUCGACAAAAUGUACGAUCAAUACCGAAAGACGUUCGAGGACUACAUUUCUUCAAAGGUACUGCCUGCUUUGAGGGGAAAAGUAAAUGUCGAUCUGCUUAAGGAGUUACAGAGAAGGUGGAAGAAUCACAAAAUUAUGAAAAUGUGGUUAACGAGGUUUUUCCAUUUCAUCGCGAGAUACUACAUACCGUUCAGAAAGCUACCUUCACUUGAAGAAAUCAGCGACUCGGCAUUUUACAGUCUGGUGUACUGUGAAAUGAAAGAUCAAGUUAACGAUGCUAUAAUAUCAAUGAUUAACAAGGAGCGCGAAGGAGAGAGAAUUGAUCGGGCCUUGAUGAAGGAAAUACUCGAUAUUUAUGCAGAAAUAAGUGAGGGAUCAUCUAGAAAUUAUGGAGAAGAUAUUGAAAAGGCAAUAAUUGAAGCCACAAGCGCUUUCUAUUCUAGAAGCGCCUUAAACUGGACUACAAUCAUGUCCAAGGAGGAGUACACGCGUAAGGCCGAGGAAUGCUUACAACAGGAGAAAGAAAGAGUUUCAGAUUACAUGAAUGGGCUCAAAAGCAAAAACAAAGUAUUCGAGGCUGCACAAAAUGAAUUGCUCGACUCACGAGCAAGCAAUCUAGGAAAGAAAAAUGAAGCUACCUCAUGA